AGCAGAAGACUACAGCUGGUUGUACAAGCAUGAGUUUGUGCGUGACAGUUGAACUAGUAGUUUGCUAGCUAGAGCCGGUACUAAAACCUCCUCCUACAUUAAGUUAUUUGAUUAUAUUGUAGCUUCACCAUAGGUGAUCCUAUACCCGAACCUAUCCCCACAUUCUCUCCUUGGAAUAGGCCAAGAAUGCCGAAUAUCAAGGUAUUCAGUGGUUCGUCUCAUCUCGAUCUCACAAAGAAAAUAUGCGACAGGCUCGGUUUAGUGCCUGGAAAGGUUGUUACCAAAAAGUUCGCGAAUCUUGAAACCUGCGUAGAAAUAGGAGAGAGUGUACGAGGGGAGGAUGUUUAUAUACUUCAGACUGCUGGAGGGAUGGUUAAUGAUAACCUAAUGGAACUUCUCAUCAUGAUCAAUGCUUGUAAAAUAGCUUCAGCUGAACGGGUGACAGCUGUGAUACCUAGUUUCUUCUAUGCUAGACAGGAUAAGAAGGAUAAAUCUCGAGCUCCUAUCUCCGCCAAGCUUGUGGCGAAUAUGUUGAGUGUUGCUGGGGCGGAUCAUAUUAUUACAAUGGAUCUACACGCUAGUCAGAUACAGGUAUACAAUACUUACUUAUAUACACGCUAGUCAGAUACAGGUAUACAAUACUUACUUAUAUACACGCUAGUCAGAUACAGGUAUACAAUACUUACUUAUACACGCUAGUCAGAUA